AUGUCUGAGAUCCUACGAGAUGCUCCUUUGGGGCAGCUGAUCCGAUGGGCGACCAACAACAGACUUCUGCUAUAUCCAGAAGAAAAGCCCAGCUUUGAGUUACCAGCAAGUUACAAUGUCUUACUCAACAGCUCUGGAGAAAAGCAUCCAGAAAUCGACAGACACCCAACAGCAUCACGGCCAGCAACACGGCAACGAACUCGGCAGUCAAGUCAAUCAAUUGAUCCAAGCAGCAGUGUUGAUUUGAAUCCCAAUUCAAAUGAUUUGGCUCAUGAUCUAGAAAAGGCAGAGACACAUCCCGCCCCUUAUGAAGAAGAGCAUGCCACUGUCCAACUCAAUCGGACGAAGAGUCGUCUGGAUACAGUUCCUUAUACCGAAGAGCGUCUCGAAGUCGAAGCAGAGCUCGCUCUCGAGCGAACACAGACAAAGCCAAUCAUACCAGCAAAGACAUCAGACGGAACUGUCUUGGUAGAUUGGUAUACGACAGACGAUCCCGAGAACCCCCAGAAUUGGAGCAACAAGAAACGAUUCGUCGUCUCCCUGAUUAUCUGUCUAUACACCUUUGUCGUCUACACCGGUUCCGCAAUCUACACCUCGAGCGAACUCGGCGUCAUCGAGAAAUUCGGCGUCUCAGCAACAGACGCCUCGCUCCCCCUUUCUCUGUACGUUCUAGCUUAUGGUAUGGGCCCCCUUCUAUGGGCACCGCUCUCCGAAAUCCCCAUUAUCGGCCGGUCUCCUGUCUACGCCGCCACCAUGGCCAUAUUCGUGAUCCUGUCCCUGCCAACCGCCCUCGUCAACAACUUCGCCGGUCUCCUGGUCCUGCGGUUCCUACAGGGCUUUUUCGGUAGUCCGUGUCUGGCUGUAGGAGCAGCGACUAUGCAGGAUAUGUAUUCGCUCCUCUACCUGCCCUACGCGCUCGUUGCAUGGGUAUCGAGCGCUUUCGCGGGGCCAGCCUUAGGACCAUUAAUCUCAGGAUUCGCAGUUAUGGCUAAAGGCUGGCGGUGGUCUCUAUGGGAGAUCCUCUGGGCCGCCGGUCCAAUCUUCCUCCUCAUGUUCAUGCUCCUUCCCGAAACCAGCACGCCGAACUUACUACUGCGACGCGCUCAGCGCCUCCGGAAACUCACCGGCAACGAGCGCCUGCAAGCACAAUCAGAGAUCGACCAGAGGAAUCUGAAGCCCGCCUCGAUCCUGGUCGACGCCAUCAUCAAGCCCAUCGAAAUCACCAUCAAAGACCCAGCCAUCCUCUUCGUAAAUCUCUACACGGCUAUCCUCUACGGCAUUUACUACUCCUUCUUCGAAGUCUUCCCGCUCGUCUACCCGCCCAUGUACGGCUUCAGCCUCGGCAUGACCGGCGUAGUCUUCACCUGCAUCCUGGUCGCGUGUCUGUCCGGCAUCGCCAUCUACUGCGCCUACCUAUACUUCCUGCUCGUCCCAGACAUCUUGAAGAACGGUCUGCGUGCCCAGGAAAGCAGAUUGGUGCCUGCGCUCAUCGCGUGUUUCGGCCCCACGGUCGGCCUGUUUCUCUUUGCGUGGACCGCGAAUCCGAGUAUUCAUUGGAUUGCCCCGACCAUCGGCAUCACCAUAUACGGCGCGAGUGUGUUUGUCGUUAUGCAGUGUAUCUUUGUCUAUGUGCCGCUUUCGUAUCCGCAGUAUGCGGCGAGUUUGUUUGCCGGCAAUGAUUUUCUGAGGAGCGCGUUCGCGUGUGGGAGUAUCAUGUUUGGACGGCCGUUAUUUCUUAAUUUGGGGGUUGGAAAGGGUGUUAGUUUGCUUGGUGGAUUGAGUAUUAUUGGUAUUAUUGGUAUGUAUGCGUUGUGGAUCUUUGGGGCCAAAUUGAGGGCGAGAUCUAAGUUUGCUGUUGCUUAG